UUUACCAUCAGCGCAUGACUGGGAGGAGUUUCAGGAACAGUUUUACGCUCCCCUGUAAAGUGUAGCUGGGGAUUGUCUGGUCGUUGGAUGGGUGUGUCUGUAACAUGUUUGUGCAGUAAAAGAAGGAGGUCUUUCCAGACCGACCGAGCCGAGCCCUUUCCCCACCCUGCUGCCAGCCUACCUCAUCCGAUCCAAACUUUUUUACUCAAACAUUUUUAUCCAUUUACUUUCCCUCUCCAGCGACCCUGUAGGAGAUUCUUCUCCAGGCUGCAGCGCGGAUAUUGGUGUGGAAAUCAGACGUUGCGAUCCUUCUGCCUGAAACCAAAAGCGCCAACCGCAGCAGCCGAUCUGCGAGUUUCCCCAUCGCUGUUGCUGCUCGGUUCGUCUGUGCAGCUCCGCAGGCCUCGUUUUCUGAGAUAUUUCAAGGCUACGCCAUGUAUCCCGCACUGAGGAAGCUGAUCUUUACGGACUGUCGGUGCGCCGAAGAUCCGCCCAAGACGUACAAGGAUUUGUUCGCCAAGCUGGACACCAACAAGGAUGGGAAAGUGGAUGUUUCCGAGCUGAAGGCAGGCCUGGCUUCAAUGGGCAUCCAGACCGGGAAGGGAGCUGUGCAGAAAAUGAUUUCCUCUGCCGACAAAAACAAAGAUGAUGUGCUGGACUUCAACGAGUUCGCCAAGUACCUGAAGGAGCAUGAGCAGAAGCUGCGCCUGACUUUCAAGAGCUUGGACAAAAACAAAGACGGUAAAAUAGAUUACAUGGAGAUCCAGCAGUCGUUCGCCGAUCUGGGUCUGGAGAUCACCAAGGAAGACGCAAAGAAGAUCCUUCAGAGUAUUGAUUCUGAUGGUACCAUGUCGUUGGACUGGAAUGAAUGGAGGGAGCACUUCCUGUUGAACCCGGCAACCAGCCUGCAGGAGAUCAUUCGCUACUGGAAGCACAGCACGGUUCUGGAUAUUGGCGACAGCCUGACCAUCCCAGAUGAGUUCACAGAGGAGGAGAAGACAACGGGUUUGUGGUGGAAGCAGCUGAUGUCGGGGGCCGUUGCUGGAGCCGUGUCCCGCACAGGAACCGCACCGCUGGACAGAAUGAAGGUCUUCAUGCAGGUUCACGCCUCAAAAAGCAACAAAAUCAGCCUGGUGGGAGGCUUUAAGCAGAUGUUAAAAGAAGGAGGGGUAAUGUCUUUGUGGAGAGGAAACGGCAUCAACGUCCUGAAGAUCGCCCCGGAGACAGCCAUUAAAUUCAUGGCAUAUGAACAGUAUAAGAAGCUGCUGGCCAGUGAACCGGGGAAGGUCCAGAGCCAUGAGAGGUUCAUGGCGGGAUCGUUGGCUGGAGCCACGGCGCAAACUGCCAUCUACCCCAUGGAGGUGAUGAAAACUCGUCUGACGCUGAGAAAGACGGGGCAGUACUCAGGGAUGUUCGACUGCGCCAAGAAAAUCCUGCAGAAGGAAGGAGUCAAGGCAUUUUACAAAGGAUACGUUCCCAAUAUUCUGGGCAUAAUCCCGUAUGCUGGGAUCGAUCUGGCUGUGUACGAGAGCUUAAAGAACUUCUGGCUGUCCAAAUACGCCAAAGACACAGCGAACCCAGGGGUUCUGGUGCUGCUGGGCUGCGGUACCAUUUCCAGCACCUGUGGUCAGCUGGCCAGUUACCCGCUGGCGCUGAUCCGCACUCGCAUGCAAGCUCAAGCGUCUCUGGAAGGCUCUGAGCAGCUGCCGAUGGGCCGCAUGGUGCAGAAGAUCCUGGAGAAGGACGGCUUCUUCGGACUUUACCGCGGCAUCCUGCCCAACUUCAUGAAGGUGAUCCCGGCGGUCAGCAUCAGCUACGUCGUUUACGAGAACAUGCGCUCCAGUCUGGGAAUCCAAAAGUAAGCUGCAGAACCCUCCAGCUGCAGCCAUUUUUACUUUCCAUUCACACUCCCCAUUCUUCAACUUGUUUACCUGGAGGUCACUAGAGGUCACGCAGCUGAACUCCUGUGGAGGAUUUAAAGUGUCAGCAGCACUUUAAAAAUCCUGCUCGCUGGUUACAAUGCAACCACAGCUUUAAGCGCACUGACACACUUUGGGUUAAAUAACCUUAAAUUGCUCAGAGAAGGUUGAUGUAAACAGAAAACCUGUUCAGCCUCCAUUGUUUAUUUUACCUUUAAUCAAACUGCGUCAAUUUCGACUCUUAUCAGAAGUCCGAGCCAUCUCCUGCUGUGUCAAAACCCCAAAAUUAUGCAAGAUGUCUCUGAAAAAUUAAAGUGCAAUACUUUAUCCCUUCAGGAAAAAAUUGACAGCAGGAUUUUUCCAAAGAGAUAUGUGGGAUUUAUUGCACCUUUAAGUAAAAGUACAUAAAAAUGUGCCUUAAGUCUUUUUUUAUGUUUUCUUUUGCCUUUGGUUUAUAGAUGAUAAUGUUUACAAUAAACAUCUAAUUAUGAA